UUUUUUUCUUUUGGUGGAAGUAUCUUCAGCCCCUCCGCGAAACUAUCCCCCAAGUUUACCGUCAGCGACCCGGAUACCUCUUCCCCCGCCGUGCGUGUCGUCUCCGGGUGUCCUCUCACGGCCGCUUCCGCCCUCACUUUGAGAAGAUUACGCUUAGAAAAAUAGCGUCCUGAAGGGAGCUAACCAGCGUUAGCAUCGGGGCUAGCAUGACAACCAGAAGAAGGACUGCCAUCCUCCUCCUCCUCCUCCCCUGUGGCUCUGCUAGCGAGCAGGUGUCCGUCGUGGCCUGCAGCCGUGACCCCUCCCAGGUGGACGAUGUCGAUGUCGGUCGUCCACGUCUUCGCGAUGCGCCUGCGGGGACUCUCGCCUACGUCUCCAGCGGCUCUAAUGAGGGAUUGAGAUUGUAAUCUCUCCUCUGUCGCCAGUGACCGCGCGACCUCGCCGUCUCCCGCCACGUUAAUUAACCCGCUGAGCCCCGCGCUGGAGCACCACCUCCAGCGGGCCAUCUCGGCGCAGCAGGUGUACGGCGAGAAGCGGGACAACAUGGUCAUCCCCGUCCCCGAGCCGGAGCGCAACAUCACGCACUACGAGACGCUCUACCCCGGGGAGUUCAAGAUGCCCAAGCAGCUCAUUCACAUACAGCCUUUCAGCCUGGACACGGAGCAGGCGGACUACGACCUGGACUCCGAGGACGAGACGUUUGUGAAUAAGCUGAAGAAGAAAAUGGAGAUCACGGCCCUGCAGUUUGAGGAAAUGAUCGACCGGCUGGAGAAAGGCAGCGGGCAGCAGCUCGUCAGCCUGCAGGAGGCCAAGCUGCUGCUGAAGGACGACGACGAGCUGAUCAAGGAGGUGUUCGACUACUGGAGCCGCAAGAGGAAAAGCAGCAAGGGCGGCUGCCUCAUCAUCAGCGUCAAGCACGAGAAGAGAGACGGCUCCAGCACCAGCGACCCCUACGUGGCCUUCCGCCGGCGGACGGAGAAGAUGCAGACCAGGAAGAAUCGAAAGAACGACGAAGCGUCGUACGAGAAGAUGCUGAAGCUGCGCAGGGACCUGAGCCGAGCCGUCACCAUCCUGGAGAUGAUCAAGAGGAGGGAGAAGAGCAAGAGGGAACUGCUGCACCUCACGCUGGAGAUCGUGGAGAAGAGGAACGGGAUGCCCGACUACGGCAGCGAGGUGAUGGCCGAGGCUCUCGCCCAGCGAGCGCUGGCGAAGCCCGUCUACGCCAUCCCCAUCAUCCCGGCGUCCAGCGGCAACCAGUACCGACACCAGGACCACAUGGACAUGAAGGACUACAAGAAACCGGAGAAGACGGAUGCGGUGCGGACCAAAAGGAAAUACGAGAAGAAGCCCAAGAUCCCUCCUCUGUCGGCGCCGCAGCAUUCGGGGCCCUCCGUGUUCAAUCCCAAGGACCUCAACCAGUACGACUUCCCCAGCUCGGACGAAGAACCCUUCUCCCAGAUCCAUUCGGGUUCGUCCGAGGCCGAGGAGGAGAACGACCCAGAUGGCUGCUACGCGUUCAGGAGGAAGGCCGGCUGUCAGUACUACGCCACUCGCCCGGACCAGGGUGGCAACUGGCCCUGGGUGAGCCCGUCAGAGGGUGGGCUCGGAGACCCACGCUUCCGCUACUGUCUGACCUCGCUGAACAUGCCGCGGCGCUGCAUCGGUUUGGCCCGGCGCCGCGUCGGCAGAGGGGGAAGGAUCCUGCUGGACCGAGCGCAGGCGGAUCUAAACGACAUCUGCCAGAGCCUGGACUCCGACCCCGCGCCGGAGCCGCUCGCCUCGCCGCUUCCACGUUCUCCGCUCCGCAACUCCAACGCCAGGACCUCAGAAACCAAUACCUCGGACCAUGCCAGCUCCCCCCGCCUGCCCCCCUCCUCUUCAUCGCACUUGUCGUCGCAGCAGCAGCCCACACCGAUGGACCUCAGCCAGAUUCUUUUGAACAUUAAAUGUUGCCGCUGGAGGCACUUCAGACCACGGACGCUAUCCCAGCACCCCUCGGGUGGAGGAGACUCGUCUCGCAGAGGAUUUAGGGAUUUUAGCCGGACCGUGUCGGGACUAACCCGGACCCUCUCUGGAGGAGUCGGCUCCCAGAACCGCACCGGCCCGGCCCCGCCCCCCGUCCACGUGUUCACGGCGGAGCAGUACCAGCAGCACCGGGAGCAGCUGGCGCUCAUGCAGAAGCAGCAGCAGCAGCAGGCGGGCCACACGGCGGCGGCGGCGCCGGUGGUGGCGGCGGCGCCGGCUCCCAACACGCAGGCGCUCUCGUCCAAGACGCUGGACCAGGCCAGCGCUCAGUUCGCCGCGUCGGCGCUCGUCACCACGGACCAGCUGCUGUCCUUCAACGCCAAAGAGGAGCUCGCGCUGGCGGGGGGCGUCAACGGCGUGCUGCCGGGUGCAGGUGCGUUCAAGGGCUUGCAUCUCCCCGGCAGCGCCGGCGCCGCCCUUCACCAGUCGCCGCACGCCGCCGCCGCCUCGGCGCCGCCCGCUUUCCUCCAGCCCUCCUCCCGCUCGGCCACCCCUUCGCCCGCCAACGCUGUCGUCCCCGCCUCCACGCCCGGCGCCCACGCCGCCGCCGCGCUGGGCGUCCUGGGCUGCAGCGCCGCCACUCAGGUCCUCAUCGGGGGGAACAACGUCUGUCUGAGCGCGGCGUCGGCCGGACGCCACGCGCCCCGGAGCCUCGGCAACGCUCCGCCCCCCUCUGCCUUAAAGCUGUCGGCCAGCGCCAACCUGCAGAUGCCCAAAGGCCCCGGAGCGGCGGCCAUGGACCUGGGCUCCAGGGAUAACCACGACGAAGACAAGCCAGCACUGAACAGUAUAGCGGACAUCACAGUGGCCAUGGAGGUGACGUAGUGGCGGCGGCGAGGAGCCCCCGCUCCAGGUGCUGUGCAUCGGAGCGUCGGGAAUGCAAAAGGGGCGGCGGGGGCUCCCGAUUGGCCGACGGCCGCUCGCUCGCCCGCUCGCAUUUCUCAUCUCUCACUUUUUUUUUGUUUACCUUUUUUUUUGGUCGUCUUUUUUGUUCAAAGUAAUAAAAAAAAGAUUGACAUCUGUAAAUUAUGAAUAUUGCAAAAUUAGUAUCUGUACAGUUACCACAUCUUUGUAAUACCCCCCCCCCUCCCCCCCGUGUAUAUAUAUUACUUGAAUACAGAAAUGUCCAUUUGUGAUGUUUUGCACUUGGGAGUCCAACUUAAAAGAGAAGAAGAAGAAGAAGAGGGGAAUACAAAAAAAGUACGCCAAGUGACUGGUGAGGUGUGUGUUGUACAGAGAGGAGUUUAUCACACACCUGUGCAUGGUGCAGAGCCUGCUGGUUUUAUCUAUUUAUUGUGCUGUGUUUACAGUUUAUUUGUUUUUUGGGUUUUGUUUUUAGUUUUUUUUAUUUGUACACUGUACCUCCGUUGGUUCCUGUGCUGUAGUAAAUGUUAGGUAGCUACGGACUCCUGGGUAUUUUUGUAUCGUGUGAACACAAAGCAGGUUCCCCCCCCCCCCCGCCGCCCCAACACACACACACAGGUGUUUAUUCUUGGGUCCCCGCGUUUCGUGUGAAAAUCAAUCGUGACCUACAUCCAGACCGGGAGGCCAAGAGGAGGAAGAGGAGGCGCUCCUCUCUUCCUGGGAGCUCCCCGUCACCGUCGUCCCAAACACGAGCAACGCAGCGGGGGGGAAGUCUCUUCCCAGAAGCCUCUGCUGCUUCGGAUUUAAAGCACUAUUUUUAUUUUUUAUUUUAUUUUUUUUCAUGACUUUGAUAAAUAUGAAUGCUGCUUUUGUAUUUUUUUUUUAAAGGGGUUCUUUUAUUUUAUUUGUUUCAUGCAAGCAGAGACCCCCCCCCCCCCCUGGAACAUUUUGGUUUAAUCCCACAAAACCUUUUUGUAAAAAAAAAAAAUCACAUUAUUUUUGUAUUUUAUUUUCUCUCGCGGUCGAGUUGAUCGUAAGCUUUUCGUUAAUCGAACGACUUCUUUCGGUUCCUUUGCUCCUCGGCGAGGCGGAAGGCCGUCAUCGCUCUACGUGUUUCAUCAUUCCAGUUUUUAUAAACAAAGAAAAUGCUGGCGAGAGGGAGGGAGUCCAUCUCCUCCUCUCUCCGCCCUCUUGUUUCUUUUCUUUAUAUUUAUUUUCUUUUGGGAAAAAAAUUUAAAAUGAUCUCCAGACGGCUGCGAGGCCCAAAAAAAAAAGAAGAAGAAAAAAGAACCACAAGUAUUGGGUGCCUUCCUUUGGGGAACUAUAUGUACUCUCUUCUGUGAAGAGGCCGGCACAAAGGCGGCGUUACGCAGGAGCGCUUCUGGUCUUUGUCACGACCUGAAGGCCCCGGCCAGCGGCGGAGGUCUACCUGUCCCACCUGGAGGCUGAGAAGACUUAAAAAAACAAAACAAAAAAAUGUGACGGAACUCUCACUAAAAUAAGACAAUAAAGCCGAGGGCAUUAAAUGUGA